AUGGAGGAAAAAAAGUUUGAGGAGCAUACCGUCCAAACGGGCUCAGAUGCUCCCCCCUCCUAUGGCCACACAUCUACGAUGAAAGCGAGCUUCGGACAGCGCAUCAUCGACAGUUUCAAGCGCGAUCCUAAUCACACCGUGACAGGCCACGGCAACCAGGGAGCUGAUGGCUCUGGCUUCGAUGUUGAGACUGCAGCACAUAAUACUGCCCAUUCUCCACUACAACGUUCGUUGAAAGGUCGUCAUUUGCAGAUGAUUGCCAUCGGUGGUUCAAUUGGUACCGGUCUUUUCGUCGGUUCUGGUAGCGUUUUGGCAGCUGGUGGCCCCGCCUCGGUUUUGAUCGCUUAUAUCUUGAUUGGUUGUAUGUUGUACUGUACUGUGCAUGCAUUGGGUGAAAUGGCCGUUCUUUUCCCCGUGGCUGGUUCUUUCGCCCAUUACUCGACUCGUUUCGUGGAUCCGGCUUGGGGCUUUGCAAUGGGUUGGAACUAUGCGCUGCAAUGGUUGGUCGUUUUGCCCUUGGAGAUCGUCGCCGCUUCUAUCACCGUUGAUUACUGGAAUCCCGGAGUAUCCAAUGCGGCCUGGGUCACCAUUUUCUGGGUGAUGAUCGUAUCUAUCAACAUGUUCGGUGUUCGAGGUUACGGUGAAGCCGAGUUCGUCUUCUCCCUCAUCAAGGUUGUGGCCGUGAUUGGUUUCAUCAUCCUUGGAAUCAUUAUCAACUGCGGUGGUGGCCCAGAAGGUGGAUAUAUCGGUGCCUCUUACUGGUAUGACCCAGGUGCCUUCCACAAUGGAUUCAAGGGACUGUGCAGUGUCUUCGUGAACGCUGCCUUCGCCUUCGCUGGAACCGAGCUUGUCGGUCUCGCUGCUGCGGAAACCGCCAACCCUCGCAAGUCCCUCCCAACCGCCGUCAAGCAGGUCUUCUGGCGUAUUGCCCUCUUCUACGUGGUUUCCUUGGUUGUUGUCGGCAUGCUGGUACGAUGGGACGAGCCACGACUCGUGAGCGGGUCCUCGUCAGCCGAUGCCAAAGCCUCUCCAUUCGUCAUUGCCAUCGAGAAUGCCGGAAUCAAGGUUCUGCCCUCUAUCAUGAACGUUGUCAUCAUGAUUGCUGUCUUGUCCGUCGGUAACUCUUCGGUCUACGGUUCCUCGCGUACCCUGGCUGCUCUCGCCGAGCAGGGCCAAGCUCCCAAAUUCCUUGCCUACAUCGACCGCAAAGGUCGUCCCUUGCCUGCCAUCAUCAUUGCCUCUGCCCUCGGUCUCCUUUGCUACCUUGCGGCCUCUGACAAGCAGACGACUGCUUUCCAAUGGAUGAUGGCAAUUUCUGGUCUAUCCUCCAUCUUCACCUGGGGCUCUGUGUGCCUUGCCCACAUCCUGUUCCGCCGAGCUUGGAAGAUCCAGGGCCAUACCUUGGAUGAACUGGCUUUCCAGUCCCAGCCUGGAGUGUACGGUUCAUGGGUUGGUCUCAUUUUCAACAUCCUUGUUUUGAUCGCCCAAUUCUGGGUUGGAUUUGCACCCGUCGGAUACGCAGAGAUGACUGCCAACGAGAAGGUUUACAACUUCUUCUCUGUUUACUUGGCUGCCCCUGUCGUCAUUGCCUUCUACAUCCCCUACAAGCUGUGGUACCGCACCAGCUUUGUCCGCUCCACUGAAGUGGAUUUGGUCACUGGUCGUCGGGAAUUAGACCUCCAGCAUCUGGUUGAACAGGAGCGGGCUGAACAGAAGCAAUGGCCCAAGUGGAAGAAGGUCUACAAGUUCUUCUGCUAA